AUGGCCAGCGCGCCGGCAAGACCGCCUCGCUACGGUAUCGAUACUGCCAUGGACCAACCAAGCGGCUAUACUGCCGACGCCAAUUCUACCACUUCUCAUGGCUCUUCCAGCCGCUUCAUCCCGGCUGCCGGUACCCGCUCCACUUCUGCGCCUGCACCAGCGCCCAUAGCGUUGGCAGAUGUGCUCUCUCGUUCCAACGGCGAUCAUGUCUCCGCUCUUGACCAGGUCUUGGCCGAACGGAAUCAGUUUUGCUUGGACAACGCCAAGCUCUCUUCCGAGAAUGUUAGAAUCUGGAAUCUCAUGGGUCGCAUUCGCAAAGAGAACGACAAUCUCAAGGCCAGGUGUGCCGAGCUGGAACGUGCUUCUGGCAUUCAGCCAGGUAGCACCAAGGGUUCACCUCUCACCUCAGCCGCCAACGUCACACCGAGCUCACCCGCUAGCGAUCGAAGGAGGCUUCCCGUUGCCAAUGAGGGCGGAAGGUCGAGCCCCCUCAGCCCUCCACGCCACGCUCGACAAAAUUCUCGUUCCGAUCUCGACCAGCGCCUUGGCCCGGCUACUUCUACACAGUCAGUUCAUCCUUCCAUCGGAUCAGCCGCUGGCAUCUACGAGCAGAAUCCCACCCACCCCUCGACCAAUGGCUCUAGUCACGUCUCGGACAGCCCUAUCACCAGCAUUGAUCAGGGUCCUUCGCGUAACCCGCAGCCAGUUGAUCUCACCGCCGAUCGUGGCGUCGAGAAUGGCUCUCAAGCUUCCAUAAUGCAGCAGCGUGCGGCUGCACAAGCGCAAGCCCAGUCCUUGUCGCUCGUUCGACCCAGCCAAGGCACUGAUGACCCCACGGAUUCUGCAGCCAGCCAAGAGGACUUCGAAGCCAUUGACCGCAGCUCAGCCUCGGGCACCGACGAUGGAAUUCACCCAACCGGCACGACUAGGCACACUUCUGCCCAAGAUACGCUUCGCACGACCCAGUCUCAGCCAUUGCCCUCUGGCGUUGCAGCCUCUCCACACCGAUCUCGCCGUGACAGAAGCGCAGAGCAAGAGAGGUCGCUGCUGGCAUCCGGUCCCAAUCGCAAUCGUGCCGAAGUGACUCCCAUGAUGAUUCCCUCGUCCAGCGCUCGAUCGCUUGUCCCCAAGGUGGUAUCCGAUGAUCGUCUCUCGCGUGGUCUCGGCUCGCGCAAAUCCAAGGAUGAUGCCAAGAAGCGCGUGCUCGCUCCUCGACUCGACUCGUCACUCUUGCGUGUCGCUAGUGUCAAGAUCCAAGGCACCAACUACCGUGCGCUCGAUCGUGCCAAAGAUUCCAUCUCGUUCCUCAUCACUGUCGACAUUCUGCACCCUCCUGCCUCGUGGGGCCUCAACAGCUUGUCUUCGGGUGAACCCGCGCCACCUACGUCGUGGACCAUCGAAAAGAGCUACAGCGACAUUGUUGGCCUGGACGCCAAGCUUCGCAGCAAGGUUGGCAAAAAGGCGGCUCAACGCCUUGCCCCUCUGCCCGACAAGGCACUUUUCAAGGACCACGCGCCUGCCAAGGUGGAUCAGCGCAAGGCGCUCCUCGAGAUCUACCUUCAGAGUCUAAUGGUGCUCGAGCUGCCCGACAAGGAUGAAGUCUGCACUUUCCUCUGCACUGAUGUUGUGCCCAAUCGUGUUCGUAACCCAACCUCCAACAGUAAGGAAGGCUUCCUCACCAAAAAGGGCCAGAAUCUAGGCAGAUGGGUCACUCGCUUCUACGUGCUGCGCAACUCGUGCCUCAGCUACUUCGAGACCCGUGGAGGAGCCCAAAUUGGAAGUAUCAACAUUAGAGAAGCUCAGAUCGGCCGCCAGCAGAAGAGCGCCUCCACCAGCGAGCAGGACGAGAAUGCCUACCGCCAUGCUUUCCUUAUCCUCGAAAAGCGCGACGCAAGCCAUGAAGAGCCAGCACACAUAGCUCGACAUGUCCUCUGCGCCGAAAGUGACGAGGAGCGAGACGACUGGGUCGACGUGUUGGUGCGUGCCAUUGCUGAACUCGAAGACGAUGAAGCCGACGAAACGCCCACGUCUCCUACUUCAUCGAUGAACAAAAUGUCUUUGUCUCAGACACCUAUCACACCGAGCAGAGAUGGUGGAUACAGUGGUCGUCUGCCCGAUGGUACCUUUAGUCCAUCCGCUGAGUCGCGUCAUUUCGCUAAUGAUGGUGAUCGCGGCGCUCCUCCUGGCCAGGACUCGAGCAGGAAUCCCUCACUGCGCUUGAAUAGCCUGGACUCGACGGCCAUCGGUAAGCAGGCUACACCGGCUGCGGCUACUUCCUUGACACAAUCCACAUCCUACCGCAGCUUCAACGAGCCGCGAUCACCCCCAGGCAACCGAAACAUGGAUUUGCAAGAUGCCCCAGGUUCGCCUGGCCCACGCAGCGAAUCGAUCGGACGUGCAAAGGCAUCCAUUAGCGGCCCGAUCAAUGGCGCACCCAUCCCCGCAGGCUACAAGUUUGGUGCUAAGGAUGACGUCUCGUCUGACAAUAAGAAGGACGACAAAAAGCGAUUCUGGCAAGGCUUCCGAGCCUUUGGAGGCCAUGACAAGCAGAACAGAGAGCCAAGGCCCGUAUUCGGAGUACCACUAGCAGAGUCGAUUGCGAUCUCCAGCAUCCACGAAGGCUUGGCUCUUCCGUCUGUUGUCUACCGCUGCAUCGAAUAUCUGGAAAAGCGAAACGCGUUCAUGGAAGAGGGUAUUUACCGUCUUUCCGGCUCUUCUGCCGUCAUCAAGACGCUCAAGGAUCGAUUCAACAUGGAGGGCGACGUCGAUCUGCUCGCUGAGAACGAGUAUUACGACCCUCAUGCCAUCGCUGGCUUGCUCAAGACGUUCUUGCGAGAACUUCCUACCAGCGUCCUGACCCGCGAGCUGCACAUGGACUUUAUGCGUAUCAACGAGCUUCAGGAUCGGGUGGAGCGUGUCAAUGAGCUAGGGCAUCUCGUCUCGCAGCUGCCCCUGGCCAACUAUUCGCUGCUUCGCACCCUGUGCAGCCAUCUCAUCAAAAUCAUCGAGCAUUCCGACGUCAAUAAGAUGACGAUGCGAAAUGUCGGCAUUGUGUUUAGUCCAACGCUCGCCAUCGGCGCAGGUAUCUUUGCUCUGUUCCUUACCGAGUUUGACGCGGUCUUCGAGACCGAUGCCAAUGGUGAACCCGCGCCCAAGCGUAUCGAGGAGGAAGUGGCCCCUGUCGAUCUCGCGGAUGACGCACUCGAGGAGAAUGCUAAGCGCAACAAGCGAAACAGCUCGUUGUACAACCAGAGUCAAGCGGACAAGCUUCUCGGCCUCGAAGGGCGUAGUCUUGCUCAUCGAACCGUGGACGACAACAUGGAAGGCAUCCCUGAGCCGAUCCAUGAGAGCUGGGUCGAGAAUGAAGCGGGUACGGAUGGUCAGAUCAAGUACGAACAUGGUCCAAGCGAAGGUCAGCAGCAGCAACAGUCUUUAUUGAUCAUGAGCUGA